AUGCAAAAUUUGUUUAAAAACUUUUCAAUAAUCUUUUUUCGACAAAUUAAAAAUAAAUCAUCACCGUCGUCAUCAUUUUUAACAAGAAGGAUAAUUUAUUGUGAUCUUACAACCACAAAUACUAACCAAUUACCAAGACAACAAAGUAUUGUCACAAGAACUAAAGCUUUACCAAGUUUCGAUGGAAAUAAUUUAAAAAUUUCAACAAUAUUCAGAAAUGCAAUAAUAAAAGAUGAAGUAGAUAUUGCCUGGUCAUUAUACACUUCAUCUUCAAAAAGAAGAGACAAUAAUAACAAUAAUAAUGGAAAUUUAACGUAUGCAGAUUAUUGUGAUUUAGCAAAAUUAUUAAAGAACAAUGGAUUGGUAGUAGAUCAGACAAAGAUAGAUUUGAGAUUGCAACAAAUGGAAAAAAUCAAAUCUGAUAUUAUAAAUUCAAGAAUAAUUCAUGACAUAGAAAUUUAUAAUUUAUUAUUAAUAGCAUAUUCAAAAACUAAAAGAUUCGAGGGAGCUAAACGGUUUAAGUUGGAUCAUCAAAUUUACGUUUCGUUUAUACAUGUUUUUGGUAAUUUGGGCGAAAUUAAAGAAUUAGAAAUUGUGUUUAAAGAUUAUUUGAAAUUAAAUUCCUUGAAAUUGAAUUCUUCGGUAUUUGAUUCAAUAAUAGCUCAGUAUCUAGAAAAUAAGCUGGAUAUUGAGAAAUCAAUCGCAAUAUACAAACAAAUGCUCAAUAAAUCUUUAAAGCCACCAAAACAAACGUUCAAUAAGAUAAUUAAUGCUUAUUUUAAAAAUAAUCAAUUUGAAAAUGCUAAAAAUUUUUUUCUUGAAGAAAUGGAAAAGAGAUGGAACAUUAGUGUUGAUAUUGUUACUAUUAACACCAUGAUUUCUGGUAACUUUAGAGCUGCUCUCUAUCACUCUGGUCUAAUCAGUGGUGGUGGCGGUAAUAGUGGCGAUGCUAAUAGAUCAUUUGUUGAUUUGUAUGUAGAAGAUGCAAUAGAAUGGUAUUUAUAUAUUUAUAAAAAUAAUAUGAACCCAACCCUUGUAACUUUUCAUAUAUUGUUGCAAGGAUUUGGUGAUUUGAAACAAUUCGAUCAAGUACAAAAAUGUCUUAAAGAAAUGCAUGAUCUAAAGGUUAAGCCAGAUGUAACAACAUUUCAUGCUUUGGCAGAUAUUUAUGGCAAAAAUCAAGAUAUAAAAAGUUUACUAACAAUAUGGAGUGACUUGAUAAAUAUGAAAACAAAAUUAAACAAUCAAAUAAUAACAAUUGACACUUGGAUAGUUUUUAUAAAAUCAUUGAUUUUUUGUAAUGAAAUGAAUUUAGCUUUGAAAUUUUUGAAUAGUGGGAAAGAAGAAUUUGGUAGUGAUAAAUGGAAUAACAAUGACAUAUUGAAAAAGAUUCUAGCUAAUCUAAAAGAACCAUCCAGCUAUCUUUUCCUUAAAAAUCCAAAUAAAAUUAUUGCUGGCUUUAGGAAUUUAAUAUUUCUAUUAAUCUCAAAUUUCUGGAGAUUGCAAAACUUAUAUAUGUGUUAA